AUGGCAGCUCCUGUGCCUCCAGGGCCACCUAGACCCGGUGAUCAUCCACCACCCCCUAAUUACAAUCACAACCCUAGUCAUAGCAAUUUGCAAAAUUUGAAUCUCAAUCGACCGCCUUCGAUUCCCACCUCGGCCCCUAGACCUUCCCCUCCUCCUCCAUCAGCACCGUCUCCGAGUCCAUUGGCUCGGCCUGCGCAGCGAAGACCUUUGUCGGGGCCUCCUCCAGUGGGACCCUCCUCACAGUCCUCAUUUCCACCCUAUGUGGGUCCACCAAGGCCUUCAGGGCCGCCUGCUACUUCACCACUUGGUUACAGACCACCUCCUCCUACCAAUGCUUUCCCGCCGGCACCGCCCCCAGGUGUUUUGCCCCGUUUCCCUCUACCUGGUAGUGGACCUUCAACAACAAUGGUGGCAGCUCUUGCUCCACCGCCUCCUCCUGCUCAGCCUCAGCCUCCGCAAACCAUGCAUUCCGUAUUGGGCAGUUCAGUGGGGAGAGUCUCCCCAGGUCCUGCAGUGCAACAGCCACCACCAUUUUCAGUAGCAUCCCAAGGUCUACAACAACCUCGUCCUCCACAAACUUGGUCCAUGCAACCGAACCAAGCGCCUCAACUUGCACCAACUUCCCUGCAACAACAAAGAAUGUUUGGAACGCCACCACCAUUGCCAAAUCGAUCUAUGACUUCCAUAUCACAUGCUGUGGGCCAAACUGGAGCCCCAGUGGCAGGACCCUCGAAGAUUGAUCCGAAUCAAAUACCACGACCCAUUCCAAAUUCCUCAGUGAUUGUGCAUGAAACUCGCCAGUGCAAUCAGGCCAACCCUCCUCCGCCUUCCACAAGUGAUUACAUUGUCAGAGACACUGGGAACUGCAGUCCACGUAAUAUGAGGUGCACCAUCAAUCAGAUUCCAUGCAAUGCUGACCUUUUGGCGACAUCAGGGAUGCAGUUGGCUUUGUUGCUCCAACCCUUGGCCCUUCCUCAACCGUCUGAAGAGCCAAUACCAGUCGUGGAUUUUGGUGAAAGUGGUCCUCUUCGUUGUUCUCGGUGCAAAGGCUACAUAAAUCCUUUCAUGAAGUUCAUUGAUCAGGGAAGGCAGUUCAUAUGUAACUUGUGUGGAUUCACUGAUGAGACUCCCCGUGACUACCACUGCAAUCUUGGUCCAGAUGGUAGGUGUAGAGAUGCUGACGAUAGGCCUGAGCUUUGUAGAGGAAUGGUUGAAUUUGUUGCUUCCAAAGAAUACAUGGUGCGUGAUCCAAUGCUGGCUGUGUAUUUCUUCCUUAUUGAUGUAUCUAUGAAUGCUAUGCAAACUGGAGCAACUGCAGCGGCAUGCAGUGCAAUCCGUCAAGUUAUUUCUGAUCUUCCUGAAGGACCUAGGACGAUGGUGGGGAUUGCAACAUUUGACACUACAAUUCAUUUUUACAAUCUGAAACGUUCAUUACAGCAGCCAUUGAUGCUUAUUGUCCCUGAUGUGCAAGAUGUUUAUACUCCUCUGCAGACUGAUGUAAUUGUUCAGCUUUCUGAGUGCCGUCAACAUUUAGACCUACUUUUGGAAAGCAUCCCAUCCAUGUUUCAAGAUAAUAAAACAGCUGACUCAGCCUUUGGUGCCGCAGUCAAGGCUGCAUUCUUAGCAAUGAAAAGUAACGGUGGAAAACUUUUGGUAUUUCAGUCAGUCUUGCCAUCAAUUGGAACUGGGGCCCUUUCAGCCAGAGAGGCUGAAGGAAGAACUAAUACUUCUGCGGGUGAGAAGGAGGUCCAUAAAUUACUUCAACCAGCUGAAAAGAUUUUAAAAACAAUGGCAGUGGAAGUUGCUGAGUUUCAGGUCUGUGUUGAUAUUUUUAUCACUACCCAGACUUACAUGGACAUAGCUUCUAUGUCUGUCAUCCCAAGAAUUACUGGUGGCCAGGUCUAUUAUUAUUACCCUUUCUCAGCUGUUGCCGACUCUGCAAAGAUCUACAAUGACCUUAGAUGGAAUGUCACAAGGCCUCAAGGUUUUGAGGCAGUGAUGCGUGUGAGAUGCAGCCAGGGUCUCCGAGUUCAGGAGUACCAUGGGAACUUCUGCAAACGCAUUCCUACUGACGUUGACCUACCUGGGAUUGACUGUGACAAAACUAUAAUGGUAACCAUAAAACACGAUGAUAAAUUGCAGGAUGGCUCAGAAUGUGCAUUUCAGUGUGCACUUCUGUACACCACUUUGUAUGGCCAAAGAAGAAUUCGAGUUACAACAUUAUCUCUUCCAUGCACGAGUAUGCUGAAUAAUAUUUUCCGUACAGCUGACUUAGAUACGCAGUUUGCUUGUAUCUUGAAGCAAGCGGCAAUUGAAAUCCCUUCUUGCCCACUCAUGCAAGUCCGUGAACGACUGACUGAUUGUUGCAUCAGGAUUCUGUGUUCUUAUAGGAAAUUUUGUGCUACAGUAUCAUCGUCUGGACAACUUGUUCUUCCAGAGACACUUAAGCUUCUACCUUUAUACAUCCUUGCAUUAACUAAAAGCACAGGAUUGCGAGCUGCCGGGAAAUUAGAUGAACGGUCUUUUUGGAUCAAUUAUGUUUCUUCUGUUUCUACUCCUUUAGCAAUAGCACUUGUGUAUCCACGGAUGGUGGCAAUCCAUGACCUUCUUUCUAAGACAGAUGAAUCUCCUUUUCCUCCUGCAAUUCCACUUUCUAGUGAGCAUAUCAGUGAUGAGGGAAUUUAUCUUCUUGAGAACGGAGAGGAUUGUUUAAUAUAUAUUGGGAACUCAGUUGAUCCAGAUAUGUUGACUGAGCUGUUUGGAAUUUCCUCAGUUGAUGAAAUUCCUACUCAGUUUGUGCUGCAGCAGCAUGACAAUCCAUUCUCAAAGAAGCUAAAUGACUUGAUAAAUGAGAUUCGACGCCAAAGAUGUUCAUACCUCCGGGGAGAUUCGAACUUGGUAUCUCUUCUAACACUGGGAAGAGAAGUACCACCAGAAUAA